UCUAAUCGAACUUCUGAGAAAUCAUUGUAACGCGGAACAUUGUUUGUCUCUGUAUCAAUUAUAUGAAAUAAUAGUAGCUUUUGGAAAAAAAAUAUCGUACGAAUUUGUUAAAAAGAAUAAAAGUGUAAUCCCGUCGAUGGGGUUAAUGGCCAUCCCAGAUAUGACGUAGAGGUUAUGCCGAUAUUCCCUAUUGGCUGGCUAAUGUCUCGUAGAAAGUCACGUUUACGUGUCAAUUAUUAUCAUACGCUAUUAAGAGGGGGCAAUUAAGGCCACUGGAUAAGACAUAUAUCUUCUUUACUCUCAUCCUGGACUCCCCUUGGAUUCUCUACCAAUUUGUAAUACGAUCGUUCAAGUUAUAGGCAGCUUUUUAGGAGUGCCAUAGGGAUCGACAGGAACGUUUUAAGAAACACGUUAAGCUCUGCUAACUUACGUCUAAUCCGUAUUUCAUCGUUUUCGAAGACGACAAAAGCUUUUUACGAUCGAGGACCAAGGAACAAGAUAAAAUCAACAACAAUGACAAAAUUGCAAUAUCCAGUUGUUCGUCGCGACGAAACUAUCAUUGAAAAUUAUCACGGUGUUGAGAUAUCCGAUCCAUAUAGAUGGUUAGAAGAUCCAAAUUCACAAGAAACAGAAUCUUUUAUUGAAACGCAAAAUGCAUUAACCAAACCGUAUUUAGCUUCGUGCAAAUGGCGUCAGGAUAUUCACGAUAGAUUAAAACAAUUAUGGGAUUUUCCUAAAUAUAUGUGUCCUGCCAAACAUGGAAAUAAAUAUUACUUUUACAAGAAUACCGGCUUGCAAAAUCAAAGCGUAUUAUACGUACAAGAUACCUUAGAUAGCGAACCUCAAGUAUUUCUCGAUCCAAAUACUCUUUCCGAGGAUGGCACUGUUGCAAUAUCAUUUAGCAAAUUUAGCGAAGAUGGUAGUAUCUUCGCAUACGGAUUAUCCAGUAGCGGUUCAGAUUGGAACACGAUACAUUUUAUCAAUGCAAAUACUGGCGAAAAAUAUCCUGAGGUAUUGGAAAGAGUAAAAUUUUCACCUUUGACUUGGACUCAUGAUAACGUGGGUAUCUUUUAUGGACACUAUCGCGAUCAAAAGGGAAAAGUUGAUGGAUUAGAGACACAAGACGAUCAGAAUCAAAAACUGUGCUAUCAUCGUGUAGGUACACCACAGUCGGAGGAUGUGGUUGUAAUAGAAUUCCCAGAAGAACCAUUGUGGAGGAUAGGAGCACAGGUUUCUGAUUGUGGAAAAUGGUUAAUUGUUACACCAUUAAAAGAUUGUCGCGAUAAUCUAGUAUACUUCACGGAAUUAAAACCUGACUCCAAAAUAGAUGGUUUAUUGCCACUGACGCAAGUCGUUGAUAAACUCGAAGCCGAUUAUGAAUACGUCACAAAUGUUGGUACCAAAGCUAUAUUUCGUACGAACAAGAAUGCCUCAAACUUUAAAUUAAUAGCAAUAGAUUUGCUAGAUUAUAAAGAAGAUAAAUGGACUGAAUUGUUACCUGAACAUCCUGAUAACGUUUUGGACUGGGCUACUGCAGUCGAUGGAGAUAAGUUUGUUGCCUGUUACAUACAAGAUGUUAAAAAUAUUUUGCAAUUGCAUAGUUUAACAACUGGUAAAGUACUAAGAACGUUUCCACUAGACGUUGGUACGAUCGUUGGUUUUUCUGGAGAUAAAAAGUAUUCCGAAAUAUUUUAUCAAUUCACAUCCUUUUUAACGCCUGGAAUCAUAUACAUGACUGAUCUUAAAAAUGACGAUGAACCAAAAGUAUAUCGUGAAAUCAAAGUAAAAAAUUUUAAUCCGUGUUUGUAUAAAACGUCACAGGUAUUUUAUACUAGUAAAGACGGUACUCAAAUUCCUAUGUUUAUCGUUAUGAAAAGUGAUGCAGUUUUGGAUAAUUCUAUGCCAGCUUUACUUUAUGGAUAUGGUGGUUUCAAUGUUAGUAUCCAACCGGUAUUUAGCGUAACAAGGCUUGUCUUUGUCCAACAUUUGAAUGGUGUUCUUGCUAUUCCAAAUAUUCGCGGUGGAGGAGAAUAUGGAGAAAAAUGGCACAAUGGUGGUCGACUACUUAAUAAGCAAAACGUAUUCGAUGAUUUUCAAUGUGCAGCAGAAUAUCUUAUAGACAAUGGCUAUACUACAUCUAGUAAAUUAACUAUUCAAGGAGGAAGUAAUGGUGGAUUGUUGGUAGCUGCUUGUAUAAAUCAGCGACCGAGUUUAUUUGGUGCUGCUAUCGCACAAGUCGGUGUGAUGGAUAUGUUACGCUUUCAUAAGUUUACGAUCGGUUCUGCUUGGGUCUCCGAUUACGGAAGUUCAGAAAAUCCGAAGCAUUUUGCAAAUUUAAUUAAAUAUUCACCAUUACACAAUGUUAAGAUACCAAAAGAUGGUUCUCAAUAUCCAGCUACAUUGCUUUUAACAGCCGAUCACGAUGAUCGUGUUGUCCCGUUACAUAGUCUUAAGCUCAUAGCCACUUUACAAUAUACGCUUGGAAAUGUACCAAAUCAAACAAAUCCACUACUCGCAAGAAUAGAUACUAAGGCUGGCCAUGGCGGUGGAAAACCAACCACUAAAGUUAUCGAGGAGAACACAGACAUUUUAUCGUUCAUCGUCCAAGCUUUGAAUUUAAAAUUCAAGCUAUAACGUAUGUAAAUGUUAUAUAUUACUGUUUGUACAUCUUCUAAAAUUAUUACGGGGGUUCAGGUAUUAUUAUUUGUGAUAUAAUAUAAUCGUCGUCGGAAAAAAACAAUUUAUUUGCGUAAAUGUUUAUGAAAGAUAAAUGCAUACGCGUGUUUCACAUACUUCUUCCUUCUUCUUUUUCUAUUUUUCUUUUCUUUUCCUUUUUUUCUUUUUUACUUUUCUUGUUAAUAAAUUAUUAAAAAUUAUUUCACGCAUAUGAAACGCUAUCGUACGGACAACUAUAGUUGAUAUUCGAAGAAAAAUAAUCACUUCAUAUAUAUAUUUUAUAAAUAAGUAUAAUUUUAUGUAUAUAUGUAUAAUGAGAUUUUUCUUCGUAUGGCUAAAUCAUAAUUAACGCAUACAAUGCAAUCUAUGAAUAAUAAUAAUACUAAAACUUCGCCCGUUUUUUUAUAUAUAUAUAUUUUUUUUAAUUUUAUUUUAGGAAUGUAUUGUUGGCGUUUUAAUCAUCGUCGUGUAACGUGUCGUUUUUAAUAUAUUUAUAUAUAUAUAUAUAUUUACACAUGUAUUGUAUGUACGUAUACAUAUAUAUAUAUGUAUAUUAUAUAUAUAUAUAUAAAGAAAAAAAGAAGAAAACAAAAAAAGACAAGUAAUAACUUACAAUGGCACACCUUGAUCAAUCGCCCCGAAUAAUUACUAAAAAUGUUUGCAUCGACGAUUCUCUUCGAUGAUGUCAAAACAACGAUACAUCUUUUAAUGGGAAAGUAAAUCCAUACCAGUGGUAAAUAGAGCAGUGUAAUAUUGGCAAAAUAGUUUGCUUAUAUAUUGUUCCUCUUUUACUGGCCAAAAACCUUCGAGGAAUCCAAUGUGACCACCGCGCGAAGUUACCACGAUGGCGACGUUUUCAGUUUUGCUAAAUUCGUUUAGUGGUAUGGCUAUAAAUUAAAAUAAUCGUUAUGUUUUAAACCAUUUUGUUACUUACUUAGGAUAAAUAGUUACGAAUUUUUUUCUUUAUUUUUUUACUACUUUAUCUAUCUUUUUGUUUUGUUUUUUUAUUUACCUUCUAACGGUUGGAAUGGAUCAUCCGCCGCAUUAAGGCAUAACACCGGUACCUCCAUUAAAUGCAAUUUAUCAUGUAACGUUGCUUUCUGAUAAUACUCUUCGACGUCUUUGAAACCAAAUUGCUUGGUCGUAAAGUUCGAAUCGAAUUCUCGUACGGUUUGACUCUGAAAAUAUAUGAAUAUAUUGUAAAUAGGAAAAUAAGAAAAAUAAUGCAGGAGGUUCUAUUCUUUUUUCUUUUUCUUCUUGUAGUCAACUUUUUGUCCUUUAAAAUUUUUAUUUCACAUUUAAUCGCGUUGUAUUAUAUACUCACACGUAAGACGUCGUUCAUAUCCACGUUUUCUAAGCCAGUCUCCAAAGAGGAGUAAUAUUUUUUUACCGUACGACAAAGAUUACUAGCUAAAUGCUUAUUCAACAUCAAAUUUAUAUAAUUAUCUUCGAUGUUUUUUGUUGCGGCAAAUACGUUCCAAGGCACUGAGAUGAUAAAACAUCCCUUUAAUUUAUCUUUCGCAGCUUCACCGUUUUGUGCUAGAUAAUUACCCAAUAUCAAUCUGAAAUAUAAUACAACAAAUAUAUAUGUAUGUAUGUAUGUAUGUAUGUAUGUAUCUAUGUAUGUAUGUGUGCAUAUAUAUAUUAUAUUGUAUAUAUAUAUACACACACACACAUGUACGAGAAUAAUAAUACAAACUUCUAUUUACAAAAUAAAAUUAAUUUUUAGAUGUUUUAAUUGGUACAAGGAAAGAAAAAAAAAAAAAGAGAUAAAUAUCCUUACCCUCCCAUUGAAAUACCAGUUGCACCGAGGGGAACAUUAGGAUGUAAUUUUUUUAAAUGCUCGAUAAUCUCUGCCAGAUCGUCGCAAUUAGCGGCGCAAUAAGUCCGUGGUGUCUAUUGUUAGUAGUAAAUAGAGAGAAGAACAAAAACAAAAAAAAAAAAAAAGAAAAGAAAAUGAUAAUGAACAUGUUAAUUUUGUCAACGUUUUUCGCAUAAAUAUACAUACAUAUAUAAAUACGUCAUAUAUAAUUAAAUUUAUCUUAGUACGUAUGUACUCGCGCAUAUUGUCAUUUAAUCAUUCAUUCAAAUGACUUAUGAGUCACUUUGAAUGUUAGUAACUCGUGUCGAUACUAGAGAGCCCUAAACGAGAAUAACGGGUCGACGGUAAAUUACAAGAUAGUGUCACGCGAUGGUAACUGCUCAAUAGAGAACGAUUUCGUAACGGGGAGUUAACGUUAAUGAAAUUGUAUUAAAUAGAACUGCCGGGGUACACGGGUGUGUAUAUGUGUAUGUAUGUUUGUGGUGUGUACGUGCGUGUGUACAUGUACGUAAAUGCGCACGCGUGUAUGUGUCGUACUAGUUGGACUUACUAUUGAUAACUGUAUCACGAAUUGUCUACUACUGAUUAUUGUAAUCUUAAUAAAUCAUAAACGAGAAUUCGUUCGAUAAUAUUU